AUGGCCCCACCGCCCACGACGCCCGGCCAGAGCUUGCAAGAGCGCCUGCUCGGAGUGGCCCAGACUCUGCAGUUUGCCUGGUUUGUCGGCCAUGUCACGCUCCUGGCCUCGACCAUCCGCUACAGCUUGAGCUACUUGACGUUCAAGUAUUACAGCAAGUGGGCGCAGUUCAGCUACCGCACCGCCUUUGUCGCUGCCGCCGUCACAUAUGGCAUUGUGGUGUUCAAGGGCUACCGCGCCCGCGCUAAGAGCGGCAAGCAGCCUGCCACCCCUCUGGCCAUGAUUGCGGACGAGAAUAUUCAGUAUUUGGCCAUGGCCCUCGUCUGGCUCUUCUCCAAGCAGUACCCCCUCGCCCUCCUUCCCUUCACCAUCUACAGCACCUUCCACGUCCUGACCUACACCCGCUCCGUCCUCCUCCCCACCAUCCAGCCUCCUCCCGUCACCCCCGCCGGACAGAAGCCCGCCGCCUCGGGUCUGGCCGACACCAUUGGCCGCUUCGUCAAGGAAUAUUAUGACGCCAGCAUGUCUCUUGUCGCCGCCCUCGAGCUCGUCCUCUGGUUCCGUGUCCUCGGUUCCGCCAUCAUCUUCGUCAAGGGCAGCUGGAUCAUCCUCGMCCUCUACACCAUCUUCCUCCGCGCCCGCAUCUCCCAGAGCACCUUUGUCCAGGGAACCAUCAAGCAGAUUGCCGCUCGUGGUGAUGGUUUGGCCAACAGGCAGGACAUUCCUCCCGUCGCCAAGCAGACGUGGGAGACCGCCAAGUCCGUCUUGAAGCAGGUGCAUGACCAGACCGACAUGAACAGAUAUGUCGGCAAUGCCCAGCAGGCGCCAAAGAAGGCUCAGUAA